UUUUCUAAAGAGGACUCCAAAUAAACAGAGCUGUGCGUCUGCCAUAUGCCAGAAUUAAAGUGUUCAUCAUUAAUUGUACCUUGGUGUCAACACAUAUAUGUGACAGUUAUGCUAAAUGGAGCGUCAUUGUCACAACGCUAACGAUAGGAUCAGCAUCAGAUACAGUGCCGGGCUUCACCGUUAAGUGUUGGGUGUGGACUUCUCUCAUCACCGUUACCGAAGAUGCCACGUUUGAUUUGAGAUUCCGAAAAGAAAAGAAACUUUAUCUUCAAAAGAUUUAUAGACUUGAAAGACUGGCAUGAUCUUGACUCUGUGAAUACAUUUUUUCGAAUUAUGGUCACAAUCAUGAACGAAUCUAGCAGAGACGGAUCACCACUAAAUUCAGACGACAUGAUCAGCAAUACAAAAAUGGACAAGGACCAUAUUGAUAUGUCUUCCAUCCUCCCCGAGGUAAUGGCACGGACACAUAUGCGGUUAUCAAACGGGACAUAUGUCCGUCAAAAUCACGUGGGCAGUGUUAUUCUACAGGGUGUCCCGAUUGUCUCCCUUUUCAUUGACCAAAAAGAAAGACUUUGUCUUGCGCAGAUAAGUAACACGCUUCUGAAGAAUUACAGUUACAAUGAGAUACACAACAGGCGGGUUGCGUUGGGCAUCACUUGUGUUCAGUGUACUCCCGUGCAACUGGAAAUCCUAAGAAGGGCAGGGGCCAUGCCAAUAUCUUCACGACGAUGUGGCAUGAUCACACUAAGAGAGGCCGAACGGCUGGUUAAAUCCUUCUUAGAGGACAAUUCGCCCCCGAAGUUACCAGACAAUUUUCGUUUUGACGUAAAGCAUGAGUGUGGUUGGGGUUGCACUGGUCAGUUUGAGCCAUCACGAUACAACAGCUCAAGAGCAAAAUGCAUAAAGUGUACCGUUUGUAAUGCAUACUUUUCCCCGAACAAGUUCAUAUUUCAUUUCCAUCGUACGGCCGAAUCUAAAUAUAGUCAUCCUGAUGCCGCUAACUUUAAUUCCUGGAGACGUCAUCUGAAGCUAUGCGAUGCAUCUGAAAAGGACGACACAACCUGCGCCUGGGAGGAUGUUAAAGCUAUGUUUAAUGGUGGAAACCGGAAGCGAAUCAUGUCGAGUAGUCAUGGAAGCACGAGCCGCGUCCUGCCCUCAAAGGCAGAACCGUCAGAGAAGAAAAGUCGACUAAGACUUGGAGAAUGUGUGGUGAACAAACCAAUGUAUCCGUCCCCUUAUUCUCCCUUCCCUCUUCUGUCAUUGCCGGGAAAACCAUACCAGUUUGGCCAACUCAACCAUUCACCUCCUUUUAGCCUGGGUCUACCAUUCAAUAAAGAAAGCAGUAUUGACAGCACGAAGGCUGCAUCCUUACAGAGUGCAUCAUGGGGUAUCCAUGGUGUUCUACCAACUUAUAACAUGUUGUGGAACACGCAGAUGGGUGCCCAUCACCGCAAUGGUAUCAGGGGGACCAUGUAUCCUUUUAAGGAAACUCACAAUCAGGACACUGUUGAUAUGUUUGAGAACGGCAACGACAAUGAAUUAUCCUCUCCAGAUCACAGUCCUUCAUAUAACAAUUCGGACGGGGAGAGGUUCUCUGCUUUCAGGUUAGUGAAAAAGUCUGAUGAUCAAAUUGACAGUGCUAGAAAUAGUGAUAGGGACGAUGAGGAUUCGGAAGGAGAAAUUGAUAUCACUGAUGAGGGUAGGGAUGACGACAAAGAAGAGGCAGAUGCUAUUUUACACCAGGAAACUAGCAGUGAGGACGAAAAAAAUGACAAUUUUCCAAGCCCUGCCGGAUCUGGGUACAGUGAGAGAGACUGUCGUCUGAUGUGCUCGCCGAAAUGUACGGAUACCAAAGAACCAACGGAGGACAUGAUGGAAAAGCAAGAAACCUCCAAUGAAGAUGAUAAUACAACAAAGACAUUGAAUCCGUAUUGCGAGAAUCGUGACGAAUCGGCAUCAGAGACAGAAAUUGGCUGUAACGACGGCGAGACCGAUGAUAUAGUGAAGACGACAGCAGCUGACGAUGUCAAUCUCUCUAAAGAAGAAUUGCAACUGAAGCUACGGAAAGAAAUCGAUACAAGGAAAAAGAUAGAAAAAGAUAUAGAGUUAAUGAAAGAAACAUUUAAAGGAGAGGUAGACAGAGAACACAGUUACAGAGAGGGGGUAGCACAGCAGCUACAGAUAGUGAAAGAUACUCUUACUAAUGAGCUUGAGCAGGAACGCCAGGUGCGCUUUUCCUUACAGCAGAAAUUGAAAGAGGCCCAUGAUGCUCUGCACAAUUUCUCGUGUAAAAUGCUAGCCUCUCGGCAAUGUGAUGAGUGCACGUUUAAGGAAGGUGAAAUUCCACGACAGUGAUUGACUAGACGAAAAGACAAAAGCUUUUAACCUAAAUACUUGAAGUCAUACGAUUUCUUAAUGUUUCAUUUCAAUACGUACAUAUAUAUGUUUCUUUGUAAUGGACAACGUGAAAUUCCAUCCAUUAGCAUAUCCUGUUGAAAGUAUACUGUUUCCAUGGUUUCUGUUCGUUCUAAUCACGUCCUAUUCUUCUAAAGUGCUAUCAUUAGUAAAAUUGCUGCUUUAUUUACCAUUCUCCAGUCCAGAUGUGUGAUGUUUUACAUGAAGUGCUAGAGGUAGUUCUGAGUAUUUAUUGUGACACAAAGUGACACUCACUAUUGCUUUAUCGUCAUGUUGACGUCCAGUUGUAAGGUUUUCCUUUUUAGUUCAUUGGAACAACUUGUUAUAAUAAAUUUAUAAAAGAUAUCAUC